UAUAAAUAUAUAUGCACAAUAACUCUGGUAAGGGAUCAAGAAACAAGAAUGGAGGUGGAGAGGGUGCAAGAAAUUGCCUCUCUAAGUAUCUUGAAGGACACCAUACCACCAGAAUUUAUACGGUCGGAAUAUGAGCAACCAGGUAUCACUACCUUCACAGGCCCUGUUCCCAACAUUCCGGUGAUUGAUUUGAGUAAGAGGGAAGCGUUGGUGCAAGUGAUACGAAAUGCUAGUGAAGAAUGGGGCAUCUUUCAGGUAGUGAAUCAUGGGAUACCAGAGAAAGUCAUAAAGGAACUGCAGAGUGUUGGGAAGGAGUUCUUUGAGUUGCCGUUGGACGAGAAGGAGAAAUAUGCUGUGAAACCGGGUUCUUUUGAAGGGUAUGGUACUAAGUUGCAGAAGGAGCCUGAGGGCAAGAAGGCUUGGGUGGAUUAUUUGUUUCAUAAUGUGUGGCCUCCUGAUAGGGUUAACCAUGACAUUUGGCCUCAGAACCCUCCUUCUUACAGAGAAACAAAUGAAGAAUAUGCAAAGCACUUGAUUAGAGUGGUGGAUGAUUUGCUAGAGAUUCUCUCAGAAGGUUUAGGGCUUGAGAAGCAAGUGUUGAAAGAAAGUGUUGGUGGAGAUGGAUUGGAGUAUCUACUUAAGAUAAAUUAUUACCCAAAAUGCCCAAGACCAGACCUAGCACUUGGGGUUGUUGCGCACACUGACAUGUCUGCCAUCACCAUUCUGAUUCCAAAUGAAGUUCCUGGUCUGCAAGUGUUCAAAGAUGAUCACUGGUUUGAUGCCAAGUAUGUGCCCAAUGCUCUCGUUGUUCACAUUGGUGAUCAGAUUGAGAUUUUGAGCAAUGGAAAGUACAAGAGUGUGCUGCAUAGAACAACUGUGAACAAAGACAAGGUGAGAAUGUCAUGGCCUGUGUUUUGCUCUCCACCAGAAGAGAUGGUUGUUGGGCCUUUAAAGCCGCUUGUCAAUGAUGAUAGCCCACCAAAAUUUAAGACCAAGAAAUACAAGGAUUAUCAAUAUUGUAAACUUAACAAGCUUCCACAAUAGUGAACUCUCGUAAGCUGAUUAAUUAUCAUCAUCUCGCUCUAAUUUAAAUAAGUUUUUCUUCCCAAAUAUUGAUAUGGAACUUUAUUCAUGGUAUCACAACUAUUCGAUGUGUGUUAUAUAUGGUGAAAUAUAUAAUUUUCUUGCUUCUAAUCCUCAAAUAUUCAAAUAUUAUCUUCA